UGGCUCCCACAGGGGCAGGGAUAGGAAUUCUGGCUACACCUGUCGCCUUCAUGGCAGUAGAUACAUGUUUACAGGCCUUAACCAUUAAGUAGGCCUUGAUGGUAUUACUCUGCUCAGACCAUUGAGUUUUGAGUACGCAUUGGGUGAACUUGGUUUAAGGAGUGGAUUUAUGUAUGCGUCAUGGAAAACAAAGCUGACCAAGUUCUUUCUAUAAAAGUGAUGAGGUUGUCCCGUCCUCUUUUUACGCAGUGUGACCCUCAUCAUCUAGAAUUUUUCUAUUUGACUGAUACAAAACCUUCGGCUGAAACCGAUUGUUAUUCAUUAGUACAUGCGGACCAUGAUCUGGAUAUGACACUUUCAUCCAGACAUGGAUUACUUCUACCGCAAAGUUUUGGAACUAUAUAUUUAGGUGAAACAUUCCAGAGCUACCUUCGUGUUCAGAAUGUUGGUUCAUUCUUGGUGUCAAAUAUUUCAAUCAAGGCUGAUCUUCAGACUGCUGCACAGAGACUACCAUUGACAAAAAAAAAAAAUAACGUAACCCUUGAUCAACUUGAGCCACAACAAUCAACUGACGAUAUCUUAAGUCAUGAAAUAACAGAACUUGGCACUCACAUUUUAGUGUGUGAAGUUUCAUACCAAGUAGGGUUGGGUGAAGUAAUGACAUCCUCUCGCUACUACAAAUUUCAGGUCUUGAAACCUUUGGAUGUAAAGACAAAGUUCUACAAUGCUGAGUCGGACGAUGUCUACUUAGAAGCCCAAAUUCAAAACACAACCCUUGACAAACCACUUUGCUUAGAUAAAGUCACCAUGGAACCAUCAAGUCUCUUCAAAGUACAAGCUGGCUGGGGCACUUCUUGGUCUAAUGCAUCACAACUAUUUGGUGGGAUUGUAAACAUCGUUCAGCCUGGUGAAAUUCGUCAAUAUUUGCAUUGCUUAAAGCCAAAGCAGGAUGUGCGGGGUAACCUUCGGCUGUUAAGGGGAGAAAGUAACAUUGGAAAACUUGAUUUAACCUGGAGGACUACGAUAGGUGAUCGUGGACGAUUGCAAACCAGUCAGCUACAAAGAAUGGUUCCUAACUAUGGCGACGUGCGUCUAACGAUUCAAGAGCUUCCGAAUCCGGUAAAGCUGUAUGAAGCAAUCAGUUUCGUCUGUAAAAUAACAAACACUAGGAUGAAGAGACUUUACUCUCUGGAGAGGCGAUUUAAUCGAGAUGAAGACUUCACCCGGAAGUAUGAUACAGUUGUUAAGGAGUACAUCGGCCUAGACCACGCCAGACUCCUCACGACCGAACAGUUGUGGAAAGAAUCAAGUAAAACGUGGUAUUUACCGCACCACGGGGUCGUAAGCCCAUCCUGUUCUACGACCAAAGUUCGAGUUAUAUUCGAUGGAGCCGCCGAGUAUGCAGGAACGUCCAUCAAACAGAACCUAUUACGCGGACCAAUCUUCUCGUUAGCCUGCUCGGUGUCCUACUACGCUUCCGAAGGAACCUAGUACCGGUCAGUGCGGACAUCGAGAAGAUGUUUAACCAGGUGAUGGUCCCAGUAGAAGAUCAGGUGGCCUACCGUUUUGUCUACCGGACUCCUGGCAGUAAUCAAGCACCGUUAACGUACCAAAUGACAAUUCACGUCUUUGGAUCAGUAUCUUCCCCAACGACUUGUAUCUUCGCCCUCAACCGGACUGCCGACGAUAAUCGUCACCAGUAUCCAGAGGCAGCAGAUAGCGUCCGAUGAAACUUCUACGUUGACAACUACCUCCACCCCUUCGAGGUAGUUGCUCGUUGCCGAUAGAGCGAACACUUGGAGUAAUUUGAAAUGGGGAAACGGAUAUGCUAACGUUCAAGUUACGAAAGCAGCCCAGCCAUGACGUUCUCAUCAAAUUGACUUUCCUUAGUAUUAUAUUGUCGCGGGUGAAAAGGGAGAUUGGUUAUCUCUUCACAGAGAUGAGUCAUCCGCUCCUUGGACAACGCUGCGAUCGUGGUGAAGAAAUUAUCGGGAGAAGUCCGCUCUAAGAAAGA